CUAAUCUCUAUUAUGUGUAUAGAUAGCAAAGGAAAGUGUAAUGUUGGCCAGAGCAGUGAAAGCUGUUCUAAUACAGUAAUGUAACAGAUAAAGUGCCAACACUGUGCUACUUUUCUUUCUCAGUCUUUUUUGUUUCUGUAACAUCUGGCUCGUUCUCUGAGAAAUAUUAAAAAGGAACAAAUAAGUGAGUCUUGACAGCAGGCUAAAUAAAUAGUCCUCCAUUUGCUAAACUUCCACAUAAGUCCUGCCUCCAUUUAGGUAGGCCUGAUCUUUGAAACAUCCCAACCAAGAGAUAAAUUUUUGUGGAUCUGCGACAAGUAUAUCCUCCAUUUUUCUCCCAAGUUUGGUGAAUUCCUUUAGAGGGGACACAGCCUGUUUGGAUUGGCAGAACUCCCUGGCACAGCUGAAGCUAGCACAGAAAUAUGAUCUGCAGCGGGAACUUGAAUUGCGACAAUGGAUUGAGGAAGCAACAGGGAAGCGCAUUGGAGACAACUUCAUGGAAUGUCUGAAAGAUGGAGUCAUCCUAUGCGAACUUAUCAACAAACUCCAACCUGGAUCUGUAAGAAAGGUGAAUGAGUCUACCCAGAACUGGCAUCAGCUGGAAAAUAUUGGCAACUUUAUUAAGGCUAUCACAAGAUAUGGAGUGAAACCCCAUGACAUUUUUGAAGCAAAUGACCUCUUUGAAAAUACAAACCAUACCCAGGUCCAGUCAACUCUGAUUGCUUUAGCUAGCAUGGCAAAGACAAAAGGCAACAGGGUGAAUGUCGGAGUGAAAUAUGCUGAAAAACAACAGCGGAAAUUCCUCCCUGAAAAGCUGAAAGAAGGAAGGAACAUCAUAGGACUGCAGAUGGGCACUAACAAGUUUGCCAGCCAGCAAGGUAUGACAGCAUAUGGCACACGUCGACACCUUUAUGAUCCAAAGUUGGGUGCAGACCAACCUCUAGAUCAGGCCACAAUCAGUCUACAAAUGGGAACUAACAAGGGGGCUAGCCAGGCAGGCAUGACAGCUCCUGGAACCAAGAGACAAAUCUUUGAGCCCACCCUUGGCAUGGAGCGCUGCGACACCCAGAAUAUCUCCCUGCAAAUGGGCAGCAACAAAGGAGCCUCACAGCAAGGCAUGACUGUGUAUGGGCUGCCGCGGCAAGUCUAUGACUCCAAGUAUUGUCUCACGCCCACCUAUCCUGUAAUUGGAGAGGAUGAGGACCAAUAUAACCACAGCCAUCAUAACUUCUACAACUCUGAAUAGCCAGCAGGAGUUGUGGGACAGAUAUAGAGACACCAGCACUGCAAGGCACUUCCUAAAAGAUCCAUCAUCAUGUGAUUAUUUUAACCCAGGAAUAUAAGAAGAUUCAGUUCCCUAAAUUGCUAACCAACUCACUAAGGACUCCUUAAUACAUGCCAGAGCCAGACUUCCCCAUCACUGAGCGUUAAAGCUUCACCUCGAUAUCUUUCACGCUUUGACUUAUCAACUACUAUCACUGCUUUUGAGCAUGCACUAAUAUGGCUCAAAACUCUCAGGAUGAAAGAUCAAAUAAUAAAACCAGUAGGUUGAGAGAAGUAGAAACAAAAGGACGAGUCCUCUUAAUUUGGCUUCUCAAUUGACAAAAAGCCCUGGCAACUGUCAAUCAUUAUUUCCCAGUGCCAGUUGCUGCUAAUGUUUUGGAUCAAUGCAGAGGCAGGCAAUGAAGGUACAACCUGUAAAAUUGUUAGCUCCUGCACUCUAUUUUGUUUUCAUUAAUUACACAAAUUGCUUCAGGACAAGCCACAUUUUUUGAACUGCUUAGAUAUAAAAUAGCAAGUUCUCCAUGUGCUAACUUUGCCAGAGGCUCCAAUCACUUCUUUCCUAAAACACAAAAAGUUUGUGCAAGAGCAGUGGCAACCUGAGCCAGCCAUUGACUUCUUGGAAAGCAAAAACUUGUGAAAAAUGUGUAUGGGUGGAGAGUGAUUGCAGGAGGCUGGACACACCAGCCAGGCAACACCACCAGAGUAACAUAAAUAUGCCUUAAGAUUUGUAGAUGACCAGUAUGAGGUCAUUUGGAAAGAAUGGUGCAGAAAGGGAAAUGCAAAGUUAAACCAAGCACCUCUGCAAUUUUAGGCAGAAACUGUCUGGAAACUGAACAGCUAGUUGCCCAAGAAUACAAACUUUUCUGCAAAACAGCUCAAUGCUUUUUAAUAAACCUGCUUGCAUAUUACAUGGAUAGGAAUAUCUUGGCAAUACACAAAUGUUUCUUUGUACUUGCCUUACUUAUUUCUCAUUAGUCAGCAUGUCACUACAUUACCUCUGAUUUUAUUUAUCCCAUUCAUCCCCAUGCACAUAUUUAAUUUGCAGUAAAUAGUAGACACUUGUGUGUUUGCAUACAAUCUAAGAAUUUAAAGGCAUCAGAAGUUAGUUAAAACUAACUGAACCUAGGUUAUACCGCAAUUAUUUUUAAAGCAUUCUUUUCCUGAUUUAUGUAAAUAAUCAUGUGCCUUGUACAAAGAUAGAAUCAUCUACCAUAAAGUCAAUACUGUGCAAUUCAAAGGUUGAGUUAUAAGCCCAACAGUAUACAAUUUGCACGAAAGUAGGAUUUACUGGUACUUGCCUGUGCAUCUAGCUGUGUUCUGCCUUUCUUCCAGGAACUCAAAGGAAGCAUCCUUUCCACCAAUUUCUCCCAUGUUAAGAUAGAUUGUGAGAUACCUGAUCUGAGAAAAAGAAAUUGUCUCAAAGUCGCCCAGAAUGAACUUUUCUGGGCUACUCUACUCCAAUACCUAGAACAGUGUUUCCCAAACUUGACAAUUUUAAGGCAUGUGAACUUCAUUGCUGGCUGUGGAAUUCUGGGAGUUGAAGUCCACAUGCCUUAAAAUUGUCAAGUUUGGGAAACACUGACCUAGAAUAUAACAUCACACUAAAUCUCACUUUUUGCUGCCCAUGAAUCUGUAAUUUAUGCAUAUUAAAACAUUUUUUCUUUUAACUGAUCACAAUUUUACUCAAUUAUCAUCUAAUCCCUGCACUUGUAGUUCAGGAUUGGUAUGCCUGUCAUCUAUAUGUAUAUUUAGUUGAGGAAUGGCUGGCUUCACUAUUUUUUUCUAAUGCCAUGUUGUCUGGUAAUUAUCUAGAACUAGAGGAAUAUUUGCUCAUUUUCCAAAUUAACAUUUGGAAAACUGGCAUAAAUAUAUACUACUGAAAAGCUAAUAGGAGUCAAUGAAAGCACUUGCCCUUUAUCUUCCUAAAAAUCCACAUCCUUCCUACAGUUGCAGGUGUUCUGCAUGCUGAACAGCUAAAGGCACACUUCCCUUAAAACAAAAACCUAUAAAAAGGUAUGUUUCAUUGUAAUGUUCUGCUAAAAUUUACUUCAUUUCACUGUGGCACAAUAAAAAGAAGAGAAAAGGUGGCUUUUAAAAUAUUAUUUUAAAUGCUAUUUAACACAUAUUCUGAUAUGUCUGUUUAAAAACAAAACAAAAUGAAGAUGUCACCAUAACCCUUCCUAUUACAACCUGUCAGAUCAUUUACUUUAGUGGUUCUCCACAAUCUCCAAGGCCUUUUGUAACCUUUGAAUCUAAGAUAUUGCAAGAGAAGACAACCACACAAAAUUUAAUUAUUCUGUGAAAUCUCUAUCAGCUAAGCUAUUUGUUUCUCCAAAUGUUUGAAUUUUUAUAUAAGCAUCUCUAAUGGAAGCAGUCAGCACUGCAGAAUGUGCUAAAGGCAAAACCCAUUAGAUUUGUUACUCUUAGUAUGAGAUGUGAAACUACAUGAUCAUGAAUACACUCUAAAUUGCAGUAUAAUCAACAGCAUGAAAAAGCCUUUCAGAAAAUGAGUUAUCAUUAAAAGUUUUUGCUCCUCUUGAAACUAAACAUAAAAUUCAACAUAGAGGGCAGUCUCUGGUCACUUGAAUAUUUCUGCAGGAACAAACUUUCAAAAUACUGAAGGUCUGUAUGCAAGAUUGGGAAAUUUAAUGUAUUUGUAUCUGUAUAUCUAUCUGGAAAGUAACAGUAGCAACCAUCACUGUAUUGUUGCCAAAAUCAUUACUGAUGUAUGCAUAUAGACACCAUGAGCUAAUUUUGCAUAUUUGGAAUAAUUGAGAAUAUUCUAAUGAAACACAGGCUUAAAAGUGAAAUAAUAUUUCAGUUUCUAACACUUUGUCGUAGCAAAUCUGCUCAGUGACUUUUCAAAUAAUAAAUUAUACCCAAAUCAGCUGAUUUUCAUAUAAACCGAUGGACAGAAUUGCAAAUAAAAGCCUAUUUAGUAUGCCCCAUCAUUGCUGAUGUUCAAUUCAAGGCAAUUCCAAAGAGAUAAUCCCUAAGUACACAUUUCACAAUAUAACAUAUCCAGACUAGACUCAUACAGAAGUCCAAACAGCUGAAUUAACAAUUGUGAGCCAUGGAGAGUCAUUUGCUGAGAUGAGCAGCUAUAGAAAUCAAAUAAAUAAAUAAAACAAUGAAACACUUGUCUCACUAGGUGAAGUAGUUUCAGUUUUGCCAUCACGCAAGGAUUGCCAUUUUACUAACCAGAAAAAAAUUAAGUAACUUUAUCAAAGGGGAGGAUUCUACUGUCAAAACUCCAGGGUGAAGCAAAAACUGUCAAGUAUGUUGUUAAUCCAGGUAGGAAUAAAAGCACACAGUAGAUGACA